AUGGCCGUCGUCGUCCUCCGCUCCCACCCCCUGCGCUACCUCAUCGCCCGAUUGUACUGCACGGAGAUGCAGGACCACUGCGAGAUCUUCGAUUCGAAGAGUUGGAGAUGGAAAAGGAUGGACUACUCCCGCGCCCUUCCAUACGGAGACAACGUCACCGCUUUCGAUCCUCCCGUCACGACAUCCGGCCGAUUCGUGCACUGGCUGACGUGGAGCAAUAAGGUGGUGACGCUGGACGUUAAGCGGAGGUGUUUUGUUGAGCCGUGGAGGCUGCCGGAGAGAGUGAGGUAUGAUGAGAAGAGGCUGGUGGAGUAUAAGGGGGGAUUAGGGUUGAUGUAUCGAGGGAAGGAUGCCGAGGAGAUGGAGCUGUGGGCCGAUCGGGAGAAGAAGAUGGUUGUACGUGUGAAAGCUGAUUUGGAUUAUCCCAUCUUCGAGCACUUUUGCAACAACGACGUCGUUUUCGUGACUACUGCGGAUGCGGAAGGAGGCGCCUUCUAUAAUCUAUCAGAUUCUAGUGUUACUAAAGUGCAACUGCCUUCCCACCUUCGAAGUCCGUACAGAUUUCACCAACGAGUAUUUCCGUUCAAAUCCGAUGUCAGCACCGUUCAUCUCAAACCUCUCUCCACAACAAAAACCACAUAA